UAGCAGGUGUGUGAACCCAAACUGUCACACAGAGUGAGAAGAAGGGGUGGAGAAUAGAAUAAAUUCAGAGAGAGUGAGGAAACCAGAGAGUCAGCAAGUGAUUGUGAGAUAGCACAACACACAAGCACAGUGAGUCAGACAGAGGGACAAUACAAGAGGGACAGUGAGAGAGAAAGAGUGAGAGAGAUUGUUCUGAACAGUGGAAGAAUUACACUUGGAAGCGAAACAGAGAGACAAUGCUGAGGAGGAAGCGAAGCGUGUCCUUCGGUGGAUUUGGAUGGUACGUCGCUCAUGUGGAACAGCAUCAGCUGUCAGCUGUGUGGAAAUGUCUGGAUGAUGCCCUGUGUGUGAGAUGCUUGCUGCUGUAUUUAUGGGUUGACAAGUCUACCAUUAGUGCCCUUCGAGCUCGGAAACAGGAGUGUCUGACCAUCUCCAAUGUGCCCCUGGCAGACUGCCCUCCCUCUCCUCCAAGAACUGCCCCUCCCACCAUGAAGUCUACUCAAUUCUUUGAAGCUCUGGACAAGAUGGAGCAGGUUUCUGAGGUGGAGGAGUUGAGGUCAAGCCCACAAAGAGUGAAGGAUGACUACAUUCCAUACCCACGGAUAGAGGAGGUUUUACAGCGGGGUGAACCGUUCCCUCAGGUCAUCAUGCCUCAGUUUGGAGGUUACUGGAUAGAAGAUCCCGAGGUCCCUGCCUCCAUUCCACACUGGGAGAAUGGUUACUGUGAUGAGGAAGAUGGAGAGGGAGGGAAUUCAGGAGAGUUUGGGUACAGACUGGAGAGUAACUUUGCCAUCCGUGCGUACCGCAAGCACUUUCUGGGCAGGGAACAUCUGAACUUCUACUGCACAGCCAGUAACCAUGGCAACCUGGUUCUGUCCCUCAGACACGAAGAGGUGAAGGAGCAGGAGCACCUGCACAUCAUCCUCAGGACUCCAUCGAAGACAAUCUAUGACAGGAUCUCUUUAGCGGGCUUGACUGAGCUCCCCAGUGUCCCUCAGUUAGCCAAGCUACUAUGUGAAGACAUUAUGUGUCUGAGAUUUAGUCCCGUGCUUUACCCAAAGGGUUCUCAGUUAAUAGUGAAUUAUGAUGAGCAUGAGUUAAACAACACUUAUAAGUUUGGCGUCGUCUACCAGAAGUUUGGCCAGACCUCAGAGGAGCAGUUGUUUGGGAACAGUGAGGAGACACCAGCCUUCACAGAGUUCCUCCAAGUGCUGGGAGACUGUGUAGAGUUGCAGGACUUUAAAGGGUUUCGAGGUGGUUUGGAUGUGUCUCACGGUCAGACGGGGUCUCAGUCUGUUUACACUGUGUUUAGGGGGCAGGAACUCAUGUUUCACAUCUCCACUAAACUGCCCUAUACAGAAGGAGACACACAACAGGUCCAAAGAAAGAGGCACAUAGGGAAUGACAUCGUAGCUGCAGUUUUUCAAGAGGAGGCCGCACCUUUCGUGCCUGACAUGAUUGCCUCCAAUUUCCUCCACGCGUACAUCCUUGUGCAGGUGGAGAACCCUGGCACAGAUGACACCACUUACAAGGUAUCUGUCACAGCGCGUGAAGAUGUGCCACAGUUCGGCCCUCCUCUCCCCAAUCCACCUGUCUUCAAAAAGGGUCCAGAAUUCAGAGAGUUUCUGCUGACUAAGCUGAUCAAUGCAGAGCUGGCAUGCUACAGAUCAAUCCGAUUUGCCAAGCUUGAGGAGAGAACACGGAUGGAACUGCUAGAUAAUCUUCAUAAUGAGCUACACAAGCACACACAGUCGAUGCUGGGACAACCUCUCAGUGCAGAUGAAGAGAGGAUGGAGAACGGAGGACAUGGAGGAAUACUGGAAUCCAUCAAGCGAGCAAUGCGUGUGCGCAGUCACUCUAUGGAGACAAUGGUGAGCUCUCAGAAACAUGGGCGUCACUCUGCGGUGGGAGGCGGCGUGCCCACCAGCCUAAGCGGGGUCACCCUAACCCACAGUAACACUGAAGCUGCUAAGAAUUUGUCUCCAGUGACAUCGAGCGCUAAAUCUCCUCUUAAGAGUCCAGUGAAGAGACGGUCAGUGCUGUUUCCAAGACUGCAUACCAGCAUGGAUGGACAGCCAGAGCGCUACACACGGGUCCUGUCUGAUCAGAGAAGUCUUGACAGCGGUCAUCUCUCACAGGAAGUGCAAUCAAAUCCAAGCUCUCCAGAGAUUGUGGGCAAUGAGAGGUCUUCUCUUAAAUUGAAGGAGGGCGGUGGUAAGCCAGAUAUAUCUCGUUCCUCCUCCAGCACCAGCAGCUUCAGCAGUGCUGCAGGAGACCCGGAGCCACUGGAGGAGAAAGAACCUAACAGCCUCCAGAUAUCUCCCAGCCUUUCACCUGUAUUUGGCUCUCUGAGCACUGAGGGUCAGACUGCAGGAACUCCAGUGAUCAUGUGCCGCAGUCCAACAGAUUUCAGGAAUAAGACGUCACCCAGAUCCAAUCUGAAGUUCCGCUUUGACAGGUUGAGUCAAUCAGCUGCUGGACAUUAACAGAGUGAACAUCAAAGAAGACCAGAAUCAUUGUGAGCACAGUAUGUUACUUCCGGAGGGGGCAUUGCGUUUAUUUAGUAUCGGUCAUGAUCAGAAGUUAUUAUGACUUGCGUUAUAUUCCUGUAGUAAAUAUUUCUUAUUUGGGUAUAUACUAACAACGGGCACAGUCCAAUUAAACAGAAAACCAAUGGAUCGGCACAGAAGGUCAGACACUGUUGGCACUGAGGGAAGGCGAAUUAAAGAUUAGAGAAUUAAAGCUGGACACAUCGCACAAACCUGUGCUUCCAAUCCAACCAUCACACCAGAAAGCACAUGAGCAUAAGCACACAGUUAGCAUUUUUCCUCCGUGCUUAGAACUUAGGUAAAUGUUCAGCUGGUACUGACUUGACAUAUUUAUUGAUCUUGCACAUUUUGUGAAAGUCUUGCACUGUAAAAGGAAACAAAUAUUACAGUAUCUUUCCAUUUACAUGGAUUAGCAGUUGUCCUGUUACUGUUGUCCAGAUAACAAUGAGAUAUGACGUAUUUAUUUGAAUCCAAAUAUUCAGCAACUGAAACAUUCCACAGUAUUUUUCAGACUCAUAUAAUGCGCAGACUGGCCAUACAAUGGCAAAAAUUGACCACAGCUUAGAGUUGUUAUACAUUUUCAUUAACAAAUGAAUCUAAAAUGCACUGAACAAUAAACAUAAGCACAUUAACUUUCUUUAUAACAAACAUGUGCUAUCCUGAAAUUGGACAGCUGUUGGAUUCCGGCCACCAAUGUGACCCCUGAAACUAAGAGUCGUUAAUAUCAUUUAAAUUAGUAAAAACCUCUGUUUGCACUGGAUAAAUAAUGUGUGUGUAAAUAUCAAAGCAUCACCUACCACUCUUAUCUGUAUAUAUGUAUUGUGUAUAUUCAUACAAAUAACAUUGAAAUGAUCAACUUGAACAAUUUUUAUUGUCACAAACAGCUCAAAUGUGAACGCCUGUCACUCUAUUCUUCAGUAAAAGUAUUUUAGUCUCAAUUGCUUAAUCAACGAGUUGUGUUUAUUAUUUAUCUUUGAUUGUACUACUACACGUGUAAACGUUUCUGUAUGGCAAUUUUGAUUUUGUUUAAUAAAAUAAUGUAUUUUGCAUUGA